GGCUUCUCUUUGAGUAGACUGCGAGAAGAUGAGGAGGCUAAGCGGCCGGCUCGCACCUACAGUUGUGACCGGAGAGCUGUAGAGAGGGACGAGGUGUGACGCUUGGAAGAAGGAACACGAUCAGUUGCACCGGAUGUCAUUAAACGCCUCAUAAAUAGCAAGGAGUACAAUCAAGACGAAAGCCAUGGAGGUGGUAACGCAUAUGGUGAACGACACAGUAGAGUUUUACAAAUGGAGCCUUACUAUAGCAGACAAGCGGGUGGAAACCUGGCCAAUGAUGUCGUCGCCCUUCCCCACGCUGGCCAUCAGCAGCCUGUACCUGCUCUUCCUGUGGGCGGGGCCUAGAUACAUGCAGGACCGCCAGCCGUACACGCUCAGGAAGACCCUGAUAGUCUACAACUUCAGCAUGGUGGUCCUCAACUUCUACAUCGCCAAAGAGCUCCUGCUUGGCUCAAGAGCAGCCGGGUACAGCUACCUCUGUCAACCUGUCAACUACUCUAACGACGUCAAUGAAGUCAGGAUAGCAUCAGCUCUUUGGUGGUACUACAUCUCCAAAGGAGUGGAGUUCCUGGAUACGGUCUUCUUCAUCCUGAGGAAGAAAUUCAACCAGGUCAGCUUCCUCCACGUGUACCACCACUGCACCAUGUUCAUCCUCUGGUGGAUCGGCAUCAAGUGGGUCCCUGGUGGGCAAGCUUUCUUUGGUGCAACCAUCAACUCUUGCAUCCAUGUCAUCAUGUACGGCUAUUAUGGUCUGGCUGCACUGGGGCCUCAGGUGCAGAAGUACCUUUGGUGGAAGAAGUACCUCACCAUUAUGCAGAUGAUCCAGUUCCACGUGACCAUCGGCCACGCCGGCCACUCCCUCUACACGGGCUGCCCCUUCCCCAACUGGAUGCAGUGGGCUCUGAUUGGCUACGCCGUCACCUUCAUCAUCCUCUUCGCCAACUUCUACUACCACGCCUACCGACGCAAACCCUCACCCGCGCACAAGGGGGCCAAGCCCUUCACCAACGGCGUCUCCAAGGCCACCAACGGCCACAGCCAGGCGGAGGAGGUGCAGGACAACGGCAAGAGGCAAAAGGGCAAGGGACGGGCGAAACGGGAGUAAGGUUGGCUUGCUAGGACGAUGAACCAAAGGACAGUUUUAAGGGACCAGAGAUGGACGAGCGGGGGGUGGGGGUGAGCACGGCGCUAAUGAAGGCAUUGUGGAUGGACGAGAGUUGCUAUUGGUCAUCUUUCAUCGCUGGUUUCUUUUAAAAGCAAACAUGCUGAACACGUAGACUUCAUGUGCCCAAAAUGUUUUUUUUUGGACCACGUCACACCCCGAAUGUUGUUGAAGAGCUUACUCAGCAUGCACCAACCAAUUUCUCUCACACUGGAGCGACAGGCAUGUUUUCUUUGAGAGCUUCCAUAGUCUUAACAAAUUCUGCUUCUAUUUAUUAUUGAUUUCUAGCCCCUUGACGGAGCACCUUUGCACCCAUGGAAGCGCUUUUGUUUACACAGUUGUUGAUAUCCAAUAAAAGCUAUGUAUCGCCACCUUUUCAUUCCCAAAAAAAAACCCAAAUAUGUGGGGUUUAAAACAAAUACCACCAAAAAUACACCACAUUUAUUUCUAAAAACAUGUACAAUCGUGUGCAAAAGUUUGGGCACCCAUUACAAAUUCCAUCAUUUUCAUGAAUGCAUCAAUGGAUAGGUCGCACGGUGGCCGAGUGGUUAGCAUGGUGGCCACACAGUCAGGAGAUCGGGAAGACCUGGGUUGGAAUCUCCGCUUGGGAAUCUCUGUGUGGAGUUUGCAUGUUCUCUCCCUGCGUGCGCAGGUUUUCUCCGGGUACUCCGGUUUCCUCCCACAUUCCAAAAACAUGCAUGUUAGGUUCAUUGGCGACUCUAAAUUGUCCAUAGGUAUGAAUGUGAGUGUGAAUGGUUGUUUGUCUAUAUGUGCCCUGCCAUUGGCUGGCGACCAGUCCAGCGUGUACCCCACCUCUCGCCCAAAGUCUGCUGGGAUAGGCUCCAGCAUACCUAGUGAGGAUAUGCAGCAUAGAAAAUGGAUGGAAGGAAAUCAGUGGAUAUUUGGAUCUCAUAUUACAUUUACAAAAAUGUUGCUGCAUAAAGAAAAAUGACGAAAAAGAGAUUUUUCUCAUCUUUUAAGCUAACUUCAGUUAUUUGUUUUGGGAAAGGGAGGUGAAUGGCUUGAUAGUUCCUGCAGUGAGUGAAUAAACAAGAGUCUGGGUGAACAGAAAACCACAAAAUAUGCUCAAGAAAAAGUAGGGGAGGCUCACUGUGCCACACUUUGAAACCCAGCAGCUUUUACUGUCACUGUGCUGCACUGAAUCUUAGUGUUUGUUUUUCAAUUUUAAAUACACGGUCAAGGGUGGGGACAGUAGUUUUUUUGUUGUUGUUGUUGUUUUUUUGUUUUGUUUUUUGCUUACUUGGCAACAUAUUUUUGUGGGUCUCCAUGUUUUGUUGUUUUUUUGCUGUGCGAUGUAGCCGAGAAUAAAGAGAUUGAUUGUCUUCUCACUGC